AUGAAUAUCAACGAUUCGUUGGUGUUAAGGGAUCGCCACAAACCCGUCUUUGAGCGUGUCAAGAGCGUCCACCUCGGCAGUCUCAGUUCGUCGAGUAUCCAGGUGAUCCAAGUCAUCUUGGAGGCUGCCAGAGACAGCGUGGAACAACUCCGUGUCGAACACAAUGUCUCAGAGUUGUCAAGUGUCAUCCGGUCCAUGACCAAGAUCAACUUGCUCGAGUUGUCCUCUUACAACUAUCCACUGGAACACCUUCCACCCAAUGUAGAGACACUCAAGAUAUCGUGUGAGGUUGGGUUAGACACUGCUACCGACGUGUCACCCGUGACACAACUCAUGCGUGCAUGUCCAAAUGUCAAACACCUUACACUUCAAUGCGAUGCAAUUCUCAAGGAUCUCGACACACUCCGCAACUAUCCAAUUACAAGUCUUGAUAUCACAGGCUUCCAGUACCUCAACAGCGAGAGUUUGUUUGUCAACCGUACCGACUCGAGUUGGCCAUCUUCUCUUGGAUCACUUCGCGUCUACUACUCGAUGCGUGCCAAUAACCCACUCGACCAGUUCGUCGCACCACUCAAGAAUCUCAAGACACUCAACCUCUCAACACAAUAUGUAGCAGACGAUGAAAUUGAAAAGAUCCUAAGUAGUUUGGACCAAGUUGAAGACCUCAGAAUCUCAUCCAACAACUACCGUUUCAACUGCAGUAGUCAAGUCAUUUCACGGUCAGUCAAAAGACUGGCUGUUGCCAUGGCAACGUUCACACCCGACAACUACUCUUAUAUUGGUGCCACAUUCCCAUUCUUGCGUGAUUUGUCAAUUGAGAAUCCACGCCAGUUGUCAGAUCUCACCUUUUCCAAGCUUAUUGAUAAUCUCACCACUCCACUCGAAGGAUUGUCACUCGACACUUGCUUUGAUAUUACCGAGGCAUCAAUCAUGACUGUUUGCAGCUCCAAGUCCUCUCAAACACUCGAAGAGGUCAAACUUCGCGACUGUCCAAAGAUUCAAGAUGUUUGUUAUGUAAAAUUGGCAGACUCUAUCCCCCGACUCAAAGUAAUCAGAUAUUCAGCCGCUGCACUUAGACGUCAUCAAACCAAUAUUUAUAUCUUGAAAAAAUAUCCAACUAUUAAAUUAGAACAUGUUUAA